UUGCGGUUACGGUACUUCAUAUUCGUCAACAUUGUUGACCAUGGAGUCGAUUCACAAUCCCAAAGUGUGGCUUUUAGGGAGCAAUUGGAAACGGCCAGGUCAAAUACUAUCGUUGAAAAGGAUGACGCGCUACGCAUCACCCCAAGGCCUUUCAUAGUCGACAGUUCCGGAGAAGGUGUACUUGCGUUGGAAAAUUUACAUGCCAAUGAAUGGUUAACAGUGAGAGUCCUGAUUUCGGCCCCUCGUUUAUAUGGAAUUCACCCUCAGAAAGUCAUCAUACCACCGCAACGAAGCUCCACUAUUUCCGUCCGACUUCGAUCUGGCGUUGAUGUGUCAUCAUCGCGGGAAGCUGGUUUGAUGUUGCAAUGGUAUGCUCAUUUAAAUGGCAUCUGGGGCUUUAUAAGGGUAGGAGGUUAG